AUGGAUUCGAACAAGUUUGAGCAACUAGGCUUGAGCUCAUUCUAUCACGCCAUACCGACUCUCGAUAAUGCCAAUGACUGGUCCCAGUGGAACCAGAAAGUCAAGGAGUUUCUUCGAAUAUCUCCCGUGGCUAAGGAUGACGCGACUCCCCCUUUGGAGGAGGAGGAAGCGCAGCAAUGGUCUCACCGUCAGACAUUUUACUCGGCAAUGAUCGCGGCCAAGCUGACCCACAAUGCGGCUCAGCGGAUAAACGCCUUCGACAUCACCCGGGUCCAAUCACUGAUCAAAGCGGUAAAGGAGCACUUCAAGCCCGAAGGUUCAGGCACAUAUGUGAAUCUUCAGAGACGGUACAUGUCACUCACCCGAGCAAAAUGUGGGAGUGCACAAGCCCUCGGGGCUGAGAUCAGAAAAAAUCACGCCGAGAAGCUUUUACUCGACCCCGCGUGUGUCACCUCUGAGAUUGAACGAACCUUCUUUUUCCUCCAUGCCUUAGGCCCGGAAUAUGAGAGCUUUCGCGACCAUAUCUUCAGACAAAUGGACAUAGUCAAUGACAGAGAUGAGAGCGGAAAUGUCACCAAAGCAGCUCCUACAUUUGACUACAUCGAAAACAAGGCCAUUGAGGAGGAGUAUAGGAAGGGUCAGCUGAGCAACCAGCCCACAGAUACGAAUGCGCUUCCUGCCUUCAUACUUAGCCAUAAGCCUGGAGACAGGAAAGUCAUACCGUCUCCAGAUGGGAAAACGUGCCGAAUCGAGAUGAACAAUGUUCCUUUCUGUGCUUUCUGCCGGAAACCCUAUCACAGAGAGUCACACUGCUUCAAAAAGAAUCCUAGCCUGAAGGAUCAAGAAAAGGAGAAAACGACCCGCCGACCAAGACCCAAAGAGGCGUACGCGGGUGUUCGCAAUCCAUCAAAGCGGCGAGCUAGUACGGAUCAUGAAGACGAUGAUUCAGAAGGACCGAGAGACCCCAAAAGACCGACGUUUGUGGCGACACAGGCCUCGAAACAAGAUAUCAAUGCAGCCUUUAGCGCCGAAGUUGAAGGAAAUGUUGCCACAUUUGACUUCUUUCCCAGCUUGAUGGCGACAAAAUCUCUCUCAAUCCGUGACGCCUGGAUCGUGGACAGUGGAUGUGCUCAGCACGUCUGCAAUAAUGCCUCGAGAUUCGUCAAUAUGGACGAAUAUAAUGGUCCACCGCUGAGAAGCGUCGAUACCUCGACGACUCCUUCCGGCGUAGGAGUGGCAAAUAUCUUGUGCAAUGUACGAGGAAGAAAGAAAUGGCUUGUCCUAGAUGACGUCUUGUUUGUCCCGACUGCGCAUGCGAAUCUUGUAUCUGUGUUGCAGCUUCUCAAUCGGGGGGCAGACAUUAAUUUCUCGAGCAACGGCGCCAUUAUUCGGAACAAAUCCGAUGGGAAAAAUCUGUUCACUGCGAGCCAAUAUCAUGGAGUCUACGCACUCGACCUAUGGGCAAAACUUUCUUUUCCAGCCUACCAUGUCAGCUCCCAGUCGGCACUCUGGCACAAUAGGCUUGCUCACAUGAGCGGUGCGAAUGUACAACGACUCAAAAAGCAAGCCCACGGCAUUCGGGAUGAUGCGCCACGCCAACCCUGCAACCCAUGCCUCCAGGGAAGAAUGAUUGAAACCCCCCAUCGUCGCUCAGAAGCGGGCAAAAGAGCCAAUUUUGCCAUGGAACUCCUCCAUAUUGAUGUUGCAGGACCUUUUGAGGAGGGCCUUGAUGGCAGUCGCUAUUGGCUUACCAUUGUUGAUGACUUUACUGGAUGGGUUGAGAUCGUCCCCAUACUACGACGGCAGGAAUACGUCGUUGAGUCCUUGCGGUACUUCCUCGAUCACAAUGAACGCCCUGAGCGCAAAUGCAGGCGAAUUCGUCUGGAUCGGAUCCCGGAGCAAGUGGGAGAAGAAAUGAAAUUUACCCUCUUCUCAAGGGCAAUCCGAGCCGAAGUUACGGGCGUCGACCAGCACCAACAGAAUGGAGUGGCGGAAAGAGCCCACAAGACAAUCUACGAUCGAGUCGGGCCAACGCUCGCACAUGCGAAACUACCGCCCAAAUUCUGGCCGGAGAUUGCGCGAACUGCGGCCUUCCUCUCGAAUCGAUCACCAUCAUCCAAACGCAAUAUGACUCCGUACCAAGCUUGGUAUGGUGAUAAGCCUGACCUGUCACGGCUGAGAGUCAUAGGAUCCAAGGGAGAGUAUCUAAUUCCACCCAAACAAAGAAAGAAGCUGACGGGACCAAGAACGAGGCCAUGUCUACUGCUGGGAUACGAAGGUAAUACAAACUACCGCAUCCUGCUAGAAGACGGCAGAAUCAUUGGUACUCCAAAUGCAGAAUUUUACGAAGUCCUCAACACUCCUUCCACGCAGACCAGAGAAGACGUGAGAGCCAAACAGCAGAGCUUUCCUGUGGCAACGGCUGCUGCCGCAGGGGGAGUGAGACGGUGGGACUAA